AUGGCGAAAACUUACAAGAAAUCUAAGAAUGGACUUUGGAUAUUUAACAAUCAUGGAGAUUGGCUCAAGCGCAAGAGAUCGAAGUCUAGAAAGGUCACGUCGAGGGAGUCGGUUGGUAGUAGCCAACUUGAGCUGCGGAAAGUACCUAACGAGAUACUAAUGAUCAUUUUCCAAAAGCUUAAGAAGUCUGACUGGUCCAGCCUGAAAUUGGUCCAUUCUCGUUUUACUACACUGGGACGUGAGAGUCAGUUUCAAUAUCUAAGAUGCCCACUCCCAUGUUCAACGGAGAUCUACGACACAAAUCAGUUUCCUGGUCCAACCUCCAGUGACCCAUCUGUGGCCAAGGAAAUAGACCAGCUCAAGAAGGUCAAGGAGAUUUUUCAUCGCCCUGAGCUCGUGAGCUGCUUGCGAUCUGUCCGGGUCAUGGCUUUCUUCGAGGACCUUGUAAGAGAGAUCACCCGUCCGUCCAUGAUACGGGCGCGCAAUCUGGAAGAAGUCGCGAACAGGUACGGCGAUGUCCCGAAGGAAGUUUUUGACAAUUUCGUCAAAAUGUUAGGAAAAGCACAACAUCUCAAAAAGAUAUGGGUCGACCUUCCUCUCAGCAUUCCACUCAGAGAACUUCAGACACUGUCGAAACUCAAAGUCCUACGCGUACGGGCAGCAGGAUUGGAAGGUCUCCGAGAAUUACCAAUCCGUACACUCGUCUUAGACUGCGAUGACGAUACAAGUGAUGUCGAAUUCCCUCACCUUCCAAGCGUCCAAGAACUGUCUAUCAUCAACCCUGAAUAUUCUGAAUCUCUACAGAUAUCUUUAAAGGCAUCGCGACUACCAAAACUCCAAAUGCUCUCUUUCAGGGGAUAUUUCCAUACUGCAAUUGCGCUUCAUGGUAACUGGAUUACUCUACAUGUUUUGAAUCUAGUCGGCUUCUUUCGGGACAUUGACUGGAUUUCUGGAGUAGCAAAUCAGCUCAGUCACCUUGCCCUGUCGCUUUCACCGGUAGACCAGCGUCAAGAAAAAGCUCUUGCCACCGUCUUUCCAAAGCUGAAAGUCUUGGAGCUUCACUGGUGUACUGCAAUGAACUUCCCUCGUGGAGCUUCCCUGCCACAACUCCAGUUCUACUCCGAGUCUAGAUAUUUAGACAAGCAUGAGAUGGCUACUUCACGCUUUCUCUGUAAUGUUCAGCCCUACCUGGGCCAACUCGAAGUCCUUGCACUACAUCUUCAGUGUGCCGGUGAUAACAACAAGGUCUACGAUGCCCAGGAUCUCUAUGAUAAUCUCCAUGUGCUUAGAAAGCGAGAUCAACUUCGGCACUGUCUUGUUCUCGCCCCGGUCCAUCCACCAGAAAAGAAGAGAGGAUGGUUAGUUUACCAGCGAAGCCUAAAUAAUCCGCAGGGUUGGUACGACAGGGCCCGAACCUGGAACAGGCAUCAAGAACGCCUAUCACUACUCCAUAAGGUGGAUAUAGGCAGGAACUUCCUGGAAUCUCGGGGUGAGCUCUACCCCCCAGUCAGUUCUCUGUCGCUCAUGACGACGGGUCUCACGAAUUCUUGGUCCUCAAUUUUCCCUUUCGCCGAAGACAUGGAAUUGACAGAGUGA